CCUUGGAUAAAUAGUAGGCUAAUUUACCUCCCACUGGCACUGAAUAAAUAGUAGGCUAAUCUGCCUGGCACCACUCACUGGCUGCCACACAGACGACAAUUCUAGCGUUUGAGACUGACGAGACGGGCAAGAAGUUUAGUGCUACCCUUCCCUGGUUUGUUAGGGUGCGCUUGGCAUCAACACCACACUGACUCAAUUUUGAAAGUGUUUUCAGAGAUUUAAGAUGAAUCUGAACUACACAUCCCCCAUGCCUCAGAUGCCAGCCCAAAGGUCAACGUCGUUCUUCAUCGAAGAUAUUUUAUUACACAAACCCAAGCCUCUGAGAGAGGUCUUCCACUCGCCGUUCUCAAGCUCUCUGGCUUCCCGAAUGCCUCUCCUAGAAUAUGGAUACCCACUGAUGCCCACUCCGAUACUAGCGCAUCACCCGCACCAUCCUCUACACAAGCUGGACCAUCACCAGUAUUUCUUUACGUCUGGGAUGCAAAUGCCGGCUUUAUUUCAGCAUCAUCCAGAGUUACCGGGCAAGCAUUGCAGACGCAGGAAGGCGAGAACGGUUUUCUCGGAUUCUCAACUAUCUGGUCUGGAAAAGAGAUUUGAGAUACAACGGUACCUAUCCACGCCAGAACGAGUGGAGUUGGCAACAGCGUUAAGUCUCUCGGAAACCCAGGUGAAAACAUGGUUUCAAAACAGAAGGAUGAAGCAUAAAAAGCAGCUGAGGAAAACACAAGAUGACCAGAAAAAUCUGAAUGACUUAGAUAGAUCCAUGGAUAACGCAAGUGAGAGUGAACUCAACGGAAAAAAUACAGAUGAUGUUAACAGUGGAAUCGAGCCGAACUCGUACAUUUUGGAAAAUGAGGACGAUGUUGAUAUCGAGGAUGACAUUUGCUCGCCAGAACCUUCACUAUAGAGCAAGUGGCAAGUUGUUUUAAAAACAUAAUAACCAUGACCCAUUGUAAAUGUAAAUAUUGAAUUGUGUCUUUUCCAUAUGAAAUUAUAUAUAGCUUUUUUAAACAAAUCAAUGAUAAUGCAAAGUAGUAUUUAUUCAAGGGUAUGCGUAAUAUGUCACUACACAUUCAUUGUAGGCUCUGUCUAUAUUUAUGUUUUCCGUGGCUGUAAAAAGAAUCAUAUCAAACAACUGUACAUACAAAAUAUAAUUUGAAGCAAUGUUCAUUAUUAGGAUGUUAUUAAU